AAAAUAUUCUACAAAAGGCGUAUAUCUAAAUGAAUCCCUUAACGAAUAUACGAAAUAUCAAUAAAUUAAACGAAAUAGAAGAACGAUUGGGGAUUAAGUCAGAAAAUUCAUGGCAUCAGCAAUAUAAGAAUAGUGCUUAUAUAUUUGUUGGGGGUUUUUCUUAUGAAUUAACUGAAGGUGAUCUUAUAUCAGUAUUUUCACAAUAUGGAGAAAUUUUGGAUAUUAAUUUGGUUCGUGAUAAAAAAACUGGCAAAUCUAAUGGAUUCUGUUUUAUAUGUUAUGAAGAUCAAAGAAGUACCAUUUUAGCAGUUGACAAUUUUAAUGGAAUUAAAUUAUUGGGUAGAACUAUUAAAGUUGAUCAUGUUUCUGAUUAUAGAAGACCAAAAGACACUGGAGAAGAAGACACCACAACUUUAAAGUUAAGGCUAGAAGGUAUUGGUCCAGAAUCUCAACUUAUUAAAGACAUGGAAGAAGAUAAAAGAAAAGAUAUAGAUAUUUUACCAAUGGCUACAAUUAAACAAGAACCUGAAGAUGAUUAUAAUGACCAAGCAAAACAUACUAAAAGAUCAAAGAAAUGUAAAACAAAAAGAACUUUGCAUUCACCUAAUCUUCAUAGUUAUCACAAAAAAUCUAAAAAAGAUCCUAACUCUAAAGGCAAAAAACAUAAAAAUAAUAAUAAGCAUAAACAUAGAUCUUCUAAUUCCUGA